UAUUCAGAGCAAGAUGGAUGUGGCACCCUCGAAGACGCUCUCAGGGUCAGCUACUACUGAAGCAAUUCCAAUGAAUGGUGGAGAUGGUCGUAAUAGUUAUGCCAAUAACUCUUCUCUUCAGAGAUUUGUGGUUGAUAGGUCCAAAUCGAUGAUCGAUGAGGCAAUUGCAAAUUAUCUUGACAUCGGAAUUUGCCCAUCAUCAGACACUUUUAGGAUAGCAGAUUUGGGUUGCUCCGUAGGACCAAAUACGUUCAUUGCGAUGCAAAACAUAAUCGAAGCUAUUGAUCUUAAAUACCGCAAAUAUGGUUCAUCCCCUGAAUAUCAUGUCUAUUUCAAUGAUCAUGCAUCAAAUGAUUUCAACACUCUUUUUGUAUCCCUUCCACCUGAAAAGCGUUACUUCGCUGCCGGUGUGCCGGGUUCAUUUCACACCCGUUUGUUUCCGAAGGGCUCUCUUCAUGUAGCUCACUCUUCGACUUCGCUUCAAUGGUUGUCUCAAGUACCGAAAGAAGUGUUGGAUAUUAACUCUCCUGCUUAUAACAGAGGGAGAAUCCAUUAUCCCAAUGCCAAACAUCAAGUGGUUGAAGCUUAUUCAGCUCAGUAUACCAAGGACAUGGACGCUUUUCUUUAUGCUCGUGCAGAAGAGGUCGUCUGCGGUGGCUUAGUAGUUCUGAUUGUUCCGGUCGUUCCAGAUGAGACCUCACCUUCUCAAUCACGCGUGGAGUCUCUUUAUGAUAUAUUGGGAUCUUGUCUCCUGGACAUGGUUAAGACGGGACUAGUGGAAGAAGCAAAAGUAGACUCUUUCAAUGUGCCAGAAUACUCAACAGCACCACAAGGAUUGAAGAAAUUGGUAGAGACAAAUGGGUGCUUUAAUAUAGAGAGAAUAGUGGAUAUUCUUCCCGAAGAAAAUAAAAUCAGACCUCCUGCACAAAUACUCAGUGGACAUAUAAGAGCUGCAGUUGAAGGGGUUAUAAAAUCACAUUUUGGAUGCGACGACCAUAUAAUUGAUCACCUUUUCCAGCAUCUCUAUCCCAAAAAAAUUAAAGAUACCUUUGCAAGUUUGACGACGGCCAUGGAGAAAAAAACUAUGUUGUUUGUUCUUCUCAAACGCAAAUGAUCGAUCUUCGUUCACCAACUUGAUCCUCAUACCAACCUUUUUUCCUUUCUUCUGUUUGUACUUGUUGAGGUGGGUGUAAGGUUUAAAUAGUUGUUUGUUAGGAAAUUCUGCAUUUCUGCUUGAUUGUGUGCUUGUUGGGCUUUUGGACUUUCCUUUCCGAAUCGGGUGUUUGUUUGCGUACUACUGCUUUAAAGUUUGUCAAUGAAAACUAAAGUAAUAAUCCAAAUAAAAUUGAACAUAAAUUUUGCUGCA